AUGGCGUCGCUCGCCUACGCGUCCGAAACCGGCACGGCCAAGGACCUCGCGUGGCGCUGCUGGUCCUACCUGUCGCUCCGGGGCGUCGACGCCGCGGAGCCCCGGCCCCUCGACGACGGCGAUGUAUUUGGGCGACCGGACGCGCCGCUGACCGUCGUCUUCGCGGCGACCUGCGGCGACGGCGCGUGCCCCGGCGACUCCAAAAAAACGUGGGCGCGGCUCCUGUCCAAGGCCGCGCCGCGCCUCGACGGCGCCCGCUACGCCCUCUACGGCCUCGGCGACGCGCGCUACGGCCACAAGUUCUGCGCGUUCGCGCGGAAGCUCGACGCGCGCCUCGCGCAGCUCGGCGCGGCUCCCGCGGUGCCGCGCGCGCUCGGCGACUCCGCGACGGCCGCGGGCGUCGAGGGGCCCCUGGCUUCCUUCCUCGCGGCCCUCGCGGGGUCGCUGGGCGUCGACGACGGCGACGGCCGCGUCGGCGACGAGGCGCCCGCGUCCGCGGAGGCCUACGCGCCGGGCUACGCAUCCAGGAAAACCGACGCUCCCGCCGACGACGGCGACGGCUACGACAGCGCCGCGCUGGCCCUGGGCUGCUUCGACGCGUCGCCGCCCGCGGCGGCGACGCUGGAGGCGACGGCGCGGCUCACGGCCGACGACUGGUGGCAGGAGGUGCGGCACGUCACGUUCUCGACGGCCGCGGCGUACGGCGCGGGCGACGUCGCCGUCGUGCUGCCGCGCAACGCCGACGCGGACGUGGGCCGCGCUUUGGCCAUCCUCCGCCGGCGCGACGCGGCCCUGGGCCUCGACGAGACCUUCGCGUUCGAAUCGCGCCGGGGCUCGCAGUUCCGGCCGCCGCGGCCGCCGCUGCCCGGCGCCGCGACGCUGCGCCGCGUCCUGAGCGCCUGCCGCGACCUCGGCGCGCCGCCGCGGCCCGAGGCCCUGGGCAUCAUGGCCCUCUUCGCGAGCGACGCGGAGCAGCGCGACAAGCUCGUCGAGCUCGCGACGGCCAAAGGCCGGAACUUCUUCCGCGAGUACGUGAGGUCGGAGCGGCGGUCGCUGCUCGACGUGCUCGAGGACUUUGACAGCGCGGCGCCGCCAGUCGACGCGCUCCUCGACGCGCUCGACUGGCUGCGGCCGCGGCAGUACUCCAUCGCGUCGCCGCGCGGCGGCGAGUCGCUCGAGCUCUGCGUCGCUCGCGCGCGCUACGACACGCCCCUGGGCCAGCGGCGCUUCGGGCUGGCGUCGUCCUGGCUCUGCGGCCUGCGACCGGGCGCGCGCGCGCUCGUCGCGGUGAAGCGCGGCGCGUUCGCGGCGCCGCCGGACGCGGCGCCGCUCGUCUUCGUGGGCCCGGGCACGGGCGUCGCGCCCGCGCGGGCCAUGAUCGCCGCGCGGGCGCCCGGGGCGCGCACGCUCCUCUUCUUCGGCUGCCGCGACGAAAAAAAGGACCGGCUCUACGCCGACGAGUUCGCGGAACGGUACCCGGGCCUCGACGUCGACGUCUCCGUGUCGCGCCACGCGGAGCCCGCGAAGCGGCGCCGCGUCACGGCCGCGCUCCGCGCGCGCGGCGCCGAGGUCGUCGACCUGCUCCUCACGGGCGGCGCCCACUUCUUCGUCGCGGGCAACGCGCAGAUGGCGUCCGACGUGACGGACGUUUUGCUCGACGUCCUCGUCGCGCACUGCGCCCAGCUCGACGCGAAGAAGGCCGGCGCGCUGCUCCGCAAGCUCGACCGCGAGAAGCGCUUCGCCGUCGAGGGGUUCGGCUGA